CUCCAAAAAUGCCCGAGAGUGAUCAUCAUCUUCAAUCUAAACAAUCAAUCAAGUAUAGAUGUUGAUGAGUUAUGAAAUCUGUUAUCCGAAUAUGGAAAAGUGUGCUCUAAAUUUGUAUAUCACUUAUCAUGUUAAAUAGAAAUUCUUGCUUUAAUAUGUGGGAAAUAUAUUCAUUGAUUUUAGAUUGUUUGCGCUAAGAUACUAACACAAUGUUUGUUUGAAAAGACAUUGGCAAUGUAUGAAGGAAAAUACUUCAAAGCAAUAAAUGGCAAAAAGUGUUUUAAAAUACUGUGAAAGCUUAAUUUCUAUAAACUGUUUAUCUGUUACAGAUCUUGUUCGUAUGGCACAAUUAUCGUCAUUCAUUAGGAAAUCUUCAUUAUAAGUCUAUAAUAACAGGCAUUAUCAUUGCAAAUAUUAUUUAGAGCUCCCUUGUACUCAUGACUACUAUGCAUUUAAAACUUAAGAAGUUAUUUCGGCAGUUUGUGUUAAAGUGUCUAAAUUUACAAACAGUUUCAGAAAAUCUCUUCAUAAUGUUUAUGUGAAAGGUGUGCUACGUAUGAAAUAUGAGUUUUCAUAGAAAAGUAAUCUAAAUGACCACCAGUCAGACUUAUACUGGUUAAUAAUUUGACUCUUUUAAUAUACGUAAUAAGAGUUUUUCACGAAGAAGUAAUGUGACUGAAUACAGUCAUGUUCAUACUGGUGUGAAGCCUAUUUCUUGUAGUAUAUGCAGUAACAGUUUUUCCCAUAGAAGUGACAGGACUAAACACUAUCGUGCUCAAAUGGGUGAGAAACCUUUUUUCUGUAAUAUAUGUCAUAAACGUUUUUCAAAGAGAAGUCAUCUAACUGAUCACAGUCGUGUUCAUACGGGUGAGAAACCUUUUUCCUGUAAUGUAUGUAAUAAGAGUUUUUCACAAAUAGGUCAUCUGACUAUACAUUAUCGUAUUCACACUGGUGAGAAACCUUUUUCCUGUAAUAUAUGUAAUAAGAGUUUUUUGAGAAGAAGUCAUCUGACUGUGCACAAUAGCGUUCACACUGGUGAGAAACCUUUUUUCUGUAGUAUAUGUAAUAAGAGUUUUUCACGAAGAGGUCAUCUGACUAUACACAGUCAUAUUCAUACGGAAGAGAAACCUUAUUCUUGUAGUAUAUGUAACAUAAGUUUUUCACGAAGAAGUGUUCUGACUAGACACAGUCGUGUUCAUACGGAAGAGAAACCUUAUUCUUGUAGUAUAUGUAAUAGGAGUUUUUCACAAAGAGGUCAUCUAACUAUACAUUAUCGUAUUCACACUGGUGAGAAACCUUAUUCCUGUAGUAUAUGUAAUAAGAGUUUUUCUCAAAGUUAUAAUAUGAAGAAACACAAUCGUGUUCACACUGGUGAGAAACUUUUUUCCUGUAGUAUAUGUAAUAAGAGUUUUUCACAAAGAGGUCAUCUGACUAUACACUAUCGUAUUCACACUGGUGAGAAGCCUUAUUCCUGUAGUGUAUGUAAUAAGAGUUUUUCACGCAGUAGUAAUAUGAAUAAACACAAUCGUGUUCACACUGGAGAGAAACUUUUUUCCUGUAGUAUAUGUAAUAAGAGUUUUUCAAGCAGAAGUUAUAUGACUCUACACAAUUGUGUUCACGCUGGUGAGUAACCUCUCACCUGUAGUGUAUGCAAUAAGAGUUUUUCGUGCAGGAGUGAUCUGACUAUACACAAUAGCGUUCAUACUGGCAAGAAACCUUUUUCAUGUAGUAUAUGUAAUAAGAGUUUUUCACAAAGAGGUCAUCUGACUAGACACAAUCUUGUUCACACUGGUGAGAAACCUUAUUCUUGUAGUAUAUGUAAUAAGAGUUUUUCAUAUAGAAAUUGUCUGACUGAGCAUUUUCUUGUUCAUACUUGUGAAAAACCUGAUUCUCUUGUUAAUUCUUGGAGUUUAUCUCUAUAAAUGAAUUUUAUGCUAUA